AUGGUACCCGCAGAGAUUCAAUUUGUUGCCAACUACUUGACCCACUUCUUGCUCACACCCGACCAACAGUCCAUUGUCUGUCCGGCCUUCAUCGACAAGCUCAACGCACGGUUCUUUCCUCAUCAUUGGUACCCACUAGAGCCCGAGCGCGGAUCAGGAUUCCGUGCCGUUUCAUUCGACCCCAGUCGUCAGGACGGAUACUUGGACCCCGUCCUGUGCAUGUUGGCUCAGCUUGUCGGCGCCACGAACCGAGAACUCAGGCGGAACAUUCUCCAAAACUUUGGUCUUGCUCAGGCCUCCGGAUGGACCCUCUGGACCGACCCCGGAUGCGUCAGUCUCCGGAUCCAAGCUAGCGGCGGCGAACUUAAAGAACUGUGGGGCAACCUUCCGGUGCAUCUAUCCAACCCCCGGCUGGGCGUUCCCUCUCCACCCUCCCUCCCAGCGUUACCUCGGCAGGAUUCAGGCGAGUCCCCCAGCAAGUCUCGGGCCAUACCGAUACUCGCCCCAGCUGGUGUCACCCGACUGUCUGUCACCCCGCCUACGCCCUUCGCCCCGGCCAAGAUCAGGACGCGCUCCGAAGGAUCUGAUCAAGACGACGAGCGAGCUCGUUGCCAGGAGAUGCUGGCUGAAGAUUUCCAGGCUCAGCUUAAGUUGUCAUCAUACGUGCCCAUGUCGGAGGACCCAUACUACCGUCCGUCCUCACGCACCUCAUGUGCCUCCUCGUCCUCCGACGGCUCCGACCAGUCUGGAUUCUCUUCCUCCAGCUCUUCUACAGCCACCAGUGUCGCCCCCUUGGGAAUGAUGGUCAAGAAGAAAAUGAGCACCAACCAGCUUGUGCAACACUCGGCCAAAGCCCAGCUGCCCACGGGCUACAUCCGCCACCAUUCCAGCAACUCGAUGCCCUACGUCUCCAUGACCAACAUCUUCCCCACCAGUAUGACAGUCAUGGCCCCCGUCCACCAACAACCGCCUCGUCGGACUGCCUCUCCAGCUUUCUCAGGCCAACGCCGUCGCCACGUUCCUAGUGCCUCGGUGUCUAGCGUCUCAGGCGGCCGCGGCUUGCUCGUCCUCAAAGAAGGCCCUGGAACCGUCACUGAACACUCCGGCGGUAAGGUCGGCGUCAUGGGCGGCGGCGUCCUCCUCGGCCUCCCCAAGGACAAAGAAUCCGCCGCUGUCCUCAACAACAACAACGGCAACCGCAGAGCUUCCAACCGACGCUCUCGCACCUCGCCCACAAAUGCUUGA